AUGGUGCUUCGAAAGUCCAAUGACCCCGACGACGUCGUGCCAGCGCCGCUCUCCAAAGCGAUACCCCCGUACCCCACAACACCUUCCGACGAGCAUCCGCCUGCGUUUCCCGUAUCUCCAGACCGUGCCGCCGACCCACCCGGUACAAGCAAGUCGCCAGCCUUCAACAUCAAGACGCCAGAAGAGACCCGUCUGCCUGACGACAAACACAACAGCGACUCCGACUUUAGCGAAGACGAGUGGAACCAGUCCGACGACGACUUUGAAGAUGUCAACCACAACGACGUGCCUGCCGCGUUGAAGCCGGCUGCAGGCAAGAGGCCUCCCGUCCCCUCGACCGCACACAUCAGCGGCGACCUUCCAGAUGCCUUGAAGCCAGGGCCACCAGCCGGAAUACCCAUCAAGCGCUCGCAGGAGAACAUUUCACCCAUGCCCACCGGUGCCAGUGCGGCCUCAUACAAUGGUAGCACCGUGUCCGAGCAAUCAAACGGAUCCAUCCCGCUGAAGACGAACAACCCAUAUCUGAAGAUGCAGACAACUGGGCAAAGCGGGUGGGGCGAUGAGAGCAGCGACGCCAUCUGGGGUGAUGCGCCGAGCCAGGCACACAAGUAUGAGGCACCUGUAGAGCUGCCGGCGUUCCAAACGCCAAGUACACCUUCCCAUGAAAUGAAGAACCUAGGACUAGAUGAUCAUCCUCCGUCUGCUCAGUCGAAGCCUGUAGAAGAGCCGCCCGUGAUUGCGGUGAACUCGCCCACGCCUCGUUCGGAACAUCCAGAGGCGUCUUUCGAUACAAAUCCAUGGGAGCCCAUCUCGCACGAUGGUCGUGCUGAGACUGUAGCAUGGACAGCGCCGCCGCCUCCAGCAGGUUUCUCGGAUACAAGUUCGUACACUGCGCCAGGUCCAACAGGUGAUGCAGCCGUUCAUCCUACGAGCUCGCACACUGCGCCAGCGCCCAUCGUUCCUGAGAAUACGCAUGUCAUAGAUUCCACACCUCCUCCACCACACUACACGCCGGACGAGACGCGAACCACCCUGGAAGAACCUCCGCCAGCUCUGCCACCACGUAGAUCACAUGAAGAUAUGACGCCUGCCAUGCCACCCAGGCCCAUUGAUACAAGUGCGAGCUCUACAGCUGCGCCAGGCCCAGAGUCGCCAAACACUCGGAUGGAGAGGCAGCGGAAAGAACACUACCAAAUCAAGCACAUCCGUUGGCUCGACAACAAUACCGAGGACAUGCGUGUUUCGCCCAUUCUGACGCAGAACCUCAACGGUCCAUGUCCUUUGCUUGCUCUCGUCAAUGCGCUGGUCCUCUCUACCCCCGCCAGACUCGACACCGCUCUCGUCGAAACACUCCGCACACGCGAGACGGUCAGCUUAGGAUUACUUCUCGAUGCCGUCUUUGACGAGCUCAUGUCUGGCCGACGAGGUGACGCUGCGCAAGCCUUGCCCGACGUGAGCGAGCUAUACAAGUUCCUCCUCGCUCUCCACACCGGUCUCAACGUCAACCCUAUGUUCGUCCCGGACUCGAACAUCCCGAGUGACAACCACGCCACGCUCACGAAUCGAGCUGGCGCAUUCGAAAACACACAGGACAUGAAACUAUACCGCACCUUCAACAUACCUUUGAUGCAUGGAUGGCUACCAGAAGCUGGGAGUGACGCUUACGCUGCAUUCAACCGCGUUGCACCCAGUUAUGAGACUAGCCAGUUUGUGCAGUUCCAGGAGGAGGAGUUGAAUGCGAAGUUGGGUGCUGGUGAGAGUCUGAAUGAGGAUGAGCAGCAGAUGUUCACGGAUAUUCAUGCUAUCAAGGAGUUUUUGAUGAGGUGGCCGACGCAGCUGACGGACCAUGGUUUGAGAGUCAUCCGUGACAAUCUUCAGCCAGGCCAAGUCGCUAUCUUGUUCCGAAAUGACCAUUUCUCCACACUGUGUAAGAAUCCGCGGAACGGCGAGCUGGUUACCCUGGUUACGGAUCAGGGGUACUCGACACAUGAUGAGAUUGUGUGGGAGAGUCUGACGGAUGUGAACGGUCAGGGCAGUCAGCUCUUCUCUGGAGACUUCCGGAGCGUGGAUAACAGUACGGGCAACACCGGAGCAGUAGCUCAGGAACAGCAGCCGCACGACUACGACAAUGGACAAGGCUGGACUACCGUACAAGGACGUCGCGGCAACAACCAACAAUCCAGCGUCCCACAAGACCCCGACGCCACAUCUCCGGAAGCUCUCACCAGAGCAGAGCAAGAAGACCAUGAUCUCGCCCUCGCACUCCAACUGCAGGAAGAAGAAGAAGAUCGCCAACGACGCGAAACGGAACAAAGGAACCGCGACAAUGCGCCUCCACAGCCACCUCGAAAUCAAGGAAAUCCAGUUAUACCUCCACGCCGAAACAACAACAUUACAGGACACAGACCUGCAGGCGAACCUGCUCCUCCGCCCUUGUACGAAGAAGCUGUUCAAACUCCCCAGUACAAUCCGCCAGCGGGACAUCCAGCCAAUCCUGCUGCACCGGUACCGGGACAGGGGGGUAGUGCGUACCAGUCGACUACUGGUGGUCCACCGCCCGGUAGUGGUGGCCGGCAUCAUUCUAGUUACAUGCCUGCUGGAGGUCGGAUGGGUGGGAGAGGAGGUGGUGGUAGGAGACACUCGCAGGGACAGCAGGGUCAGGGGCAACAGCAGGGCGAGGAUAGGGAUAA